GGAUUUAGAGAAGUAAGGUCUCUGGUGAGCAAGACAGGAGGAGUAACAAUGUACAGAAGGGGAGAAGGAAAGAGAUGGUGGUUGCCUGUGUGUUUGUAUGUGUGUGUGUGUGUAUGGGAAGGAAAGAUAGAGGAAUGAAAUAGCUUAAGACUUCAUUUGUUUUGGGCUUUUAGACGCAUUUAUCUUUCCAUCCCUGUUCUCACCCAGAUUUGUUUACUAUGAGCACAGUGACCGAUGCAUCGCUCAGUCCCUGUGCCUGUGUGUCAGUGGCAGAGGAAUGGAAGUGAACGCUUGAGCCACUGGCUGCCCUCCAGGCUUUGCCCCAAAUCUCCUUAGCCUUAACACCACCUCAAUAGCCCUCUGAAAUACAGAGAGAGAAAUUCAUUUUUCAGCUGGUGAAGGAAAGGUAGGGGAGUUAAUAGGACAGGAAGAGAAUGGGGAAUAUAGAGAGGGAGACGUGGGGGGCUAGAAAGACAAUCAGAUAAAUAGUUAGUGAGGUGUGAAACAGAAGAAUCAGAUUUCAACAGUGGCCUAAAAUAAUCAACCAAUUUAAUUAAUUUAUUUAUUUAAAGGUAAAGAUAUGCCCUCAGCAUGCACAUUUUCACGAUUUCUUGGAGGUCCACUGGCUUUCUCUCUUAUAAGAGAUUUCUCUUUCACAUCAAGAAAUUGAAUAUUCAGUGUCAAAGCACUAAUGCUACUAAAGCCACUUGUUUUUGUAAAUUUCUUUAUAAGAGUCAGUGGUUUUUAGAAUAGUAAGUGAAUUGUAAAAAAAAAAAAAAAGAGGAAAAAAUAGUGAGCAGGGCAGUAUAAAAUGAACAUUUUAAACCCUUUGUUGCUGCCCCAGAUUUAAAAGAACACAUUUUAGCCAUGGCAACUUCAUAUGGAAUGUUUACCUGCAUUCUGAGGCAAAGUAGAAUCUUCAGUGAUUUCCAGAGAUCUGCUCAGUCUAAUUUGAGAUUUCAAAGAGGAUAGUUGUGAAAUAUGAAGCUGUGUAAUCUUUUUAGCUGCUGCCUACCAAUGCCCAACGAGGAGUUGGAGGGCAAGACAUUGAGGUCAGAGGUGGAGGCAGAGAGUACGAGAAAAAAGAUGAGGAUUGAGAAAGCAAGCAAGACUCUAAGCAAGAAAAAGUUGAGGGAGGAGGCCAAGCGCCAGAAGAAGGAGAUGGCCGACAGGAAGAGAAAGGAGGUUGAAGAAACAAGGUUGAAGAACCUUGUGAUGGCCAUCCCUGAGGUGCAGAGUGCCGAGAUUGUGGUGAAGGAUAUGUCUCUGGAUGAGGGGAAGGAGAGAACUGGAGAGAGAAUGGACGGAGGUCAAAAUUCUGAUAUGCCCAUCCACUAUGCUAAUACGGCUAACGCUAGCAAAGAGGACUGUGACCAUAACCAGUCAUCUCUUGAAAAUGGGACACCUCAGCUGGCCGGGGGGGACGGGAGGAGCCCAUCCCACCAGCUCGGUGAUGGAGACCGAGUGAGGCCUGUGUCUCGUCCGAGACUAGACCCAAACAAAUACCAGCCGCGAGUGCGCAGCAAUGCCCAGCAGUCCCUGCAGCCUGGGAGAUUUGAGGCUCUGACCCCAGCAGAGAGAGACCAGCUGGAGGAGGAGAGGAGGAAGAAGCUGCUCGGCUGGUUUAGCCGGAGGGGCCUCACAACCCCCAAUGCAGCAAUAAUUACUAAUUAA